AUGGCCAAGAUGCGGCUCCCGUUCAGCCAGCAAUGGUCGACUAACUCAGCCGCGAUCACGUUUCUGGACGAGGUAAAAGCUUGCCGUUGGUCACUUGAUGGAAACGCUGAUCAUAAAGCUAACUGCAUUAACCAGGCGUUCCAACAACAUAACGCACCAACACCCGUAGAAGCUGAUACCUCCGCGUUUGCUGCUACCGAAUGGAACCUCCGCAGUCCACGAGAUGGGCUGGCCAGCAGAACAGGAUUUACGUCCAGUGCAAGACAUCGAUCUUCCGACACAACAGGAAUCCAGCCAAGGGCUCGUCGACAUGGACCGAUGGGUGCAGCCGAGCACGAGCUGAUGUCGACAUUACCCGCCUCAGCCCCUGCUGCCUUGCUCGUCGACAACUACUUCGACAAGAUUCACUGGUUCAUGCUGGUCUUCCUCCAAACCGAGUUCCGAGACAGAUUCAAGAGUCUGUGCUCUGCCACGUCUGAUCGGGAAGGCCAGAAGAAUCCCAGGACGGGGUUUUUGAGUCUGGUUCUUGCGGUCUGCUUGACUAGUCUCUGCUACACAAACGCCCAACAAAGGGUUCGACUCAACGAGCUCGCCAUCAACCCAGACCUGCUAAAAGAUAGGCUGCUCACGGUCUUGCGGUUGAGACUUCUCGACAUCGUCUCUUUGGGUUCCAUAGAGGCGGUGCAGACAUGCGUACUUUUGGGGAGCUACUACCUCUACCACGGGGAGCCUGAACUCGCGUGGCCAAUCUGCGGAUGUGGCUUACGCAUUGCCCAAGCUCUUAGACUCCACCAACGGACCAACAACGAGGUUACGACAGUGCUGGAUCUCGACAACCCAAUGCACAGAGUAUUAGAGACUCGCAAAAGAUGCUGGUGGGCCAUCUACGAGAUCGAGACCUUCUGCUCGAUGCUCUACGGCUUCCCACUGAGCAUCGUGAACGAGGACUGCACCGUUGAGCUACCCAGCCCCUAUCCCCUACGAUCGAAGGACGCGUCUUGGGACGCGGCUGGGUGCAAGGCCACUGGGAGUGCUACCCUGCUCUCGUACAAGGUUUCCAUGGCGCGGCUAUCGAUAAUCGUCGCGGAAGCACUCUUGAAGCUCUACGGGACCCGCAACAAGGCUACGAGAAGGGCAGAGGGCCAGUUUGUUGAACACCUCAUCACAACCGUCGCCGCUCUGGAUCAGCAACUCCACGCGUGGCACGAGAGCCUUGAGAGCGAACUGCACCUGGGUGACACGACGCAGACGGGGCAUCCCGAAGGCGCGGACGUCCGUUCUACGGACGUGGGAGGAUAUCCAUCGCGAGAAGAGCGACAGCAUCUCUUCAGAGUCCAGGCCUUGGCCCUCAAGCUCGCGUUCGAAAAUGCGAGGAUCUUGGUACACAGGCCACUACUAUCUUAUCGAGCAACAAGAGAACGUACCCACGCGUAUCGUCUUGUAGACGGCGAUCCCUUUCAGGUUUCCGUCCGCGCGUGCCGGGACGCUGCCAUGCAGAUCGUCAACGUCAGUUCCAGCCCAAAUUUCGGGGAAGCCAUCAACACGUACGCCGUAUCCUUCGUGGCGUUGCAUCUCUUCACCGCCGGCGUUGCUUUGUCCAUCAUAAUGAGCCUCGACCCCCUGAGCCUGGAGUCGUACGAGUCCAAGAUGGGGCUCCGGCGGCUGAUCGGGGUACAUUCCCAGCUCAGGUCGAAAUCCAUCGUUGCCGAGCAGAGCUUGGAAAUCUUGAAGAAGCUCAUGAAGAUCAUCAUGGUGAAAGAGACCGACAUGAUGCUUCAUGUCGACGAGUCACCAGAGUCCACAGGCGAGGCCACCCAGCAACGGAUGGAGCGCAAACAGGGUCCAAGAAGUCCGGUUCAACGAGUGAUCCACGACACCAUCGUCGUCUCAGGCACGACUCUGGAUGCCAGAGACGGCAUGGAUCACACAACACAGGGUCUCGCUCCUUUGCAGGAUGCUACUACGGCGCAGUUGGACUUCUGCGAGGAUCCUCUGAUAACCCAAGCGCUGACCGAGUUUGAACAGAGCAAUGAACUGACUCGAACUACAGUCAUGAGAUACGAUCAAGUCAAUGAUCCUGAGGGAGGGUUUGUCGACUUUGGCGAGUAUCUCACGGAGAGUUGCUUUGAAAGACAAGAUCAAGGGUGGAUGUGGAACCGUGGAAACUGA